AUGUUUAGUUCUGCAAAUCAAGCCAGCACGAAGGAUCUGUACGUGACAAAUCCAGGUCAACUUCUUGGAAACAGAUAUGACUGCAAUAAUGAUUCGGCUUUUAGUUCAAGUAGUAAUUCUCAAUACCUGUACUCUCAGAGAAGUGGAUCACAGGAAUAUUCCCAGCAAUUUGUCCCACAAGGAAGUGAGUCUCCUAGGUCAAAUUUUUAUCAGAAGUAUAAAGCUAUGAGUCCUCUGUUCAGUAAUGAAAACAAUCCAUACAGAAGCAGUGCACAAGCUCCAGGGAAGAUAAACUACCAGCAGCAGUUGCAAAUUAACAAGGCAAAGGCCAGAGACAGAGAUGAAAGAGACCUGUUGGAUUCUAUCGUAACAACAGUCAGAGAAUGCACUCAAGAAGUUACUGGAACAGUAGCUUCCAUGAAAAAGGACAUCCACCAAGGCAUCAGAACAAAUGAUGAAAAGGUGACAGAUAUGUUAGAAAAAAUCAAAACAGAUAUGAACAAGAACUACGAAAAACUACUGAAAGUGCUGGAAGAAAGAGAACAAGACAAGGAAAAACUGAAGGACAUGGAAAAGAGUCUCACUGCUAAAGAUGCAAUGAUCUCACAAUUGCAAAAUGACCUAGAAAAACUGAGACUACAGAAGGAGGAAAAAAUUGUUGCCUCUUUAAAACAGACAUAUGCUGAGCAGCAAGAAUUAAACAGACAGCAGAUACAUCAGCUACAUCAGGCACAAGUACAGCAUAUUGAGGAACAGACUAAAAGACGGAGGGAUCAAACUGAAGGACAAGAAAAGCAGCACCAGCAGCUUAGGAGUGAGAGCAGAAAACAAAUCAAAGAAUUGGAACACAAAGUCACUCAAGAGCUAGAUACACAGCAAAAGCAGCUGGAGCAUCACAUGAGAGAGAUCACAGAAUCCUACUGCCAAUUACUGGAGCACAAACAUGAACAGCAGAAACAAGAUUUGGAAAAGUGGUUGGUGCAACAGAUGCAAGGAAAAACACAAAAAGACACGGCUUUCCAAAGACAGCAAGAGCAGAAACUGAUUGAACUCCAAAACCAGCAGAGAUUUGAAGUCCAGUCAUACAUUCAGGAGCAAAUAAGGCAGAUGAACUUGGCCAAGGAGAGACAAUAUACAGAACAAAUGAAUCAAUUCCAUCAUCUCAAAGAAAGAGAUAAAAACAGCUUGCAAGAAAAGCUAAAUCAACAUCUCUUACAACAUAAGCAAGAACAACAACUACAAUAUCAGUGGUAUGAGAAAAAGCUCCAAGACAUGCAGAUGAAACAUAAGGAAGAAAUAAGAAGACUUGAACAAAAUAUGCAUGAUCAAGUCAGUAAAUCAGUUGUGGAAGAUAGAAAAUUAGACCAUGGACAAACAAGUAGCUUGUCCACUCUGCUUCAAAAACCUGUCCACACAUCUACAGGGCAGCUUGUAACAUGUCAGAAAGAUGUUAUAGCGUCAAGUCUUGAAGAUACAUGUCAUCCAACAGAUAACUGCAACAUUGGCUCAUAUAACAUUAGACAACAUGACAGUGUCUUAUUCUCAAAAGAACAAGUGAUGUAUAACAGCAGACCUCCAACAAUGCAGUCUACAAGAACAACAAUUGCUUCCCAGGAUAUCCCCACCAUAUUUCAGUCUCAUGUCACAGUCCCUGUAACAGCCAAUGCAACAGUUUCCAGCAUGAACCAGCAACAGAAUCCAAAGCCAGCACAUGCAGUAGAUGCCAUUUCCAACAGCCAUCAACAGUGUGCCAUGCUACCAAUGCAGGGGGCUGGAGCAGUAUCUAGUGUACAAGGGCAGGCUACACUAGUACCUCCCAUGCAGGCACCAGGGAUAGAUACAUUGUCCUCAUCAUCAAGUACAACCACACUCUGGCCUCAACAACAUCAGUCCACAUUUGUAUCUCCAAUGCCACAAGGUAGAGGCACCACAAUGAUAGGCCCCUUUAGAAGGAAUAGCACAUUUUCUCCAGUGGCCACAGUACUUCCUCAGAGGCAGUCAGGUUUCACAGGAAAACAUGGUGAAGAAUACAACAUCACAAGCAAAGCCAGUUCGGCAGUUCAGAGCUUAAAUAACAGUGCUAUGGGCCAACACAGCACUGUGAAUGUGUCAGAGGAACAGGACAAAUUAGAAAACCCCCAAAAUAGGAAAUCAUUGGCACCUAGGAGUCCCAAACACAGAAAAGAUAAAGGCAAGGGUAAAAAGCCUGUAAAGCAGCCUAGCAAUCAACAGAAGAAGAGGUCGGAACUUGACAUCAUAAAGGAAAAUUCCCAUUUGAUUGUAGGCUCAAGACUCAGACAGAGAGGCAUUACAUCAAACUCCUUCCACAGUGAGGUAGUUCCUGACAAGGUGGUCAAUUCCACAGAUAAGCAACAAGAGGUUUCCAUGGACCAAACAAGUGACAGAAAACAAAAGAAAUCUAAGUAUCAACAAAAUUACAACACAGCUUUAUCUGAAAGAAACUUGAGAGACAAGUCUAUCAAUUUAAACCAAGAGUUGCAUAAUGUAAAUGACAAAGAUGCAGUGAACACUCUUGCAAAGAAAAGUGGUAUGCAAUAUGAGAAAACUGGUGCUCCAGACAAAUCCUCACACAGAGAAGAAACCCAGUCUACAAAGAAGUUGUUUGUCAAUACUAAUGGAAACGUCGACAAAAGAUCCUUACUGGCUGCAAAUGUGAAAAAAACAGUUCAAAAUGUUAAAGAUGUCUAUGACUUUGCAGAUGAGCAGGGCUGUAACAGCACUGAGUCCUCUCCAGGCAUCUUGUGUGUCAUACCAGCCCUUCAGGGGGGGUUACCUAGGGUGAAGACUGAGAAGAUGACACCUCACAAGAAGAUAGAAUGUGAAAACAUUGAAAAAGGAUAUCAAAUUUUGGAUUGUUUUGAAACUGACAGAUUUGAAGAGGACAACUUUUUCAGAAUGGAAGCCAGUGUCCCACGUAAAAAUAUGGCAAAGAAGAGAAAGUUAAGUGAUGACUGGAUGGAUUCCGAGGUCAUGGCCGUCAGACAACAGAUCACCAUGCACAGACAAGGGACUCCUGCAGCAACACUGGGGUGGCAGGGAGAAUGACGGGGGGACAGGACAGUGGGUAGUGCAGCGACAUAUUGUAGGGUGGAAGCAAAAAUAUUUAGCACACUUAUCAGAGUAAAAUUGACUAACAGGAUUGGCAACUGUAUAGUGUUUGAUCUAAUUGAUGCAUAAAAGGCCCUUUUAAUUGAACAUUCACGAAGCUGUGCAAAAAAGUGCACUUAUGAACAAGAUCCAUUAUUGGAUCGUGGAGAAUAUUUAUAGGAGUUUUAAGUGUUAAAUGUUUUAUUAGUUCCCUUUUGUAGAAUAUUGAAUGUUGAACAUAUGCUAGUUAAACAUUGGUAUAAUUUUGUUAAAGUGGCAUUUCUUUGAAAUUUAGAAUUUUGCCUGCGUCAUUUGUUUCUCUUCCCAUUUUGAGCAUA